CACAUACACACGCAGACUUUACCGAGCGCCAGCAGCUAAAGAAACUAAUGUUGCCCUCUUAACCAACGAUCGAGCUUUUAAAACGAUGCCCUGAUGCAUCUUACUGAAAGCGCUGGAAUUCGGAAAGUUUAAGAAGUGGAAAGGCAAAGUUGGGAAGUAAUUGGUGAAGUUUUUCGGUAAUCCAGUGCAGGAGCGCAUCGAGCCAUAAUGGCGAGCCGUGCGCGGACAGGAGCGCUGGCUUUACCUCGAUUCUCUCUCGCGGCGUGGAACAGACUCUACCGAUCGUACUGGAAUAACUUGAAGGUUACUAAGUGGAGCCUGUUUGCUCUGUUCGUGUUUAUUUGCGUAGGGUUUUGUGGAGCAGACAGUGAGUUUUCUAUCUUGGAGGAGGCUCAAGUUUUGGCAGUGCAGAUGAAAAAGCUCUCCACACAGGAGCUGGGUGUCCUCACCAUGCAGAGAAUCUUCAAUUCUUUUGUGUACACGGAGAAGACUUCAAAUGGUGAAACAGAGGUACAGCAGCUUGCGAAGAAAAUCCGGGAGAAGUUUAACAGAUACCUGGAUGUGGUGAACAGGAACAAGCAGGUGGUCGAAGCCUCUUACACAGCCCACCUCACAUCUCCUCUCACAGCCAUCCAGGACUGCUGCACCAUCCCUCCCUCGAUGAUGGAAUUUGACGGCAAUUUUAAUGCCAACGUUUCAAAGACCAUCAGCUGUGACCGCCUGUCCCCGACUGUCAAUAGCCGAGCUUUCAACCCAGGACGAGACCUUAACUUUGUGUUGGCAGACAACCUAAAAUCCAAUCCAGGGAUCAAGUGGCAGUACUUCAGCACAGAGGAGGGCAUUUUUACGGUGUUUCCCGCUCACAAGUUCCAUUGCAAGGUCACAUUUGAGCACAGAAGCAGGCCUGUAUACGUCUCCGCAGUACGGCCACAGUCAAAGCACAUAGUAGUUAUCAUAGACCACGGUGCCUCUGUUACUGAGACCCAACUCCAGAUCGCCCGCGACGCCGCCCUCAUCAUCCUCAACUCCAUUGACGAACAUGAUAAAAUCUCUGUGUUGACAGUAGCAGAUGCGGUGCGUUCGUGCUCUCUGGAUCAGUGCUACAAGAGCUUCCUCUCACCUGCUACCAGUGAGACGAAGAGGAAGAUGAGCACCUUCAUCAACAACAUUAAAGCUUCUGACAGCUCUACCCAGCAUGCACUGGGCUUCCAGAAAGCCUUUCAGUUGUUAAGGAACACAAGUAGCGUUACAAAACAGCUCACUAACACAGACAUGGUGAUAAUCUACCUGUCGUCUGGCAUCACCUCGCGAGAUUCUUCCGAGCAUGAAAAAAGAGCGACGCUGAGCGUCGUCAAAGAGGAGAACCGCCACCUCAACAACUCCGUCAUGAUCCUUACCUACGCUCUUAUGAACGAGGGGGUAACUGGACUUAAGGAGUUGGCUUUCUUGCGAGACCUAGCUGAGCAGAACUCUGUAAAAUACGGCGUUCCGGCUCGUUCCCCUCUGCCCGUCGUGAAGGGCAGCAUGAUGGUUCUGAACCAGCUUAGUAACCUGGAGACCACGGUGGGACGCUUCUACAUCAACCUGCCCAAUCGAAUGAUAGAUGUGGCUUCCUUUAGCCUGCCUUACGCGGACCAGAUGGGAGACGGCUUUAUCAUGACCGUCAGUAGGCCAUGCUACUUUGGAAACCUGUUGCUGGGUGUAGUUGGAGUAGACGUGAAUCUGGCAUACAUACUGGAGGAUGUCACCUACUACCAGGACUCGCUGGCCUCGUAUACCUUCCUCAUAGACAAUAAAGGCUACACCCUCAUGCACCCGUCACUAACUCGUCCUUACCUGAUGACCGAAGCUCCUCUCCAUACGGACAUCAUCCAUUACGAGAACAUCCCUAGCUUUGCUGCCGUGCGUCAAAACAUCCUCAGUUUGCCUCUGGGCAGUCAGGUCAUUGCUGUCCCUGUCAACUCUUCUUUGUCCUGGCACAUGAACCGCCUGCGUGACCUCAGUCGAGAUGCUUACAAUGUCAGCUAUGCCUGGAAACUGGUACAGGACACGUCCUUUAUUUUGUGUAUAGUGUAUGUUCAGCCCGAGAUCCCAGUGAAGCAACUAAAAAAUCUGAACACGGCUCCCAGCAGUAAACUCCUGUACCAUCGGCUGGAUCUGCUGGGACAGCCCAGCUCAUGCCUCCACUUUAAACAGCUCGCUACAGUCGAGAGUCCCACAGUGAUGUUGUCUGCUGGCAGUUUCUCUUCUCCUUAUGAGCACUUGAGUCAACCCGAGACCAAGCGGAUGGUGGAACACUACACAGCUUACCUAAGUGACAACACCCGUCUGAUAGCCAACCCGGGCCUGAAGUCUUCUGUGAGGAACGAGGUGAUGGCCACCAGUCACGUGACAGAUGAAUGGAUGAGUCUUAUGGAGAUGAGCAGCCUGAACUGCUACAUUGUUCGCCGUUACAUAGCAACGCCCAAUGGGGUGCUGCGGAUUUACCCCGGUUCCCUCAUGGACAAAGCAUUCGACCCCACCAGGAGGCGAUGGUAUCUCCACGCUGUCGCCAAUCCUGGUCUCAUCACUUUUACUGGACCAUACCUGGAUGUGGGUGGGGCUGGCUAUGUGGUCACCAUCAGUCACACCAUCCAUGCCUCUAGUUCGCAGAUUGCUUCAGGUUCCACUGUGGCAGUUAUGGGUAUUGACUUCACUCUGCGCUACUUCUACAAAGUUCUGCUGGAUCUUCUGCCCAUCUGCAACCAAGACAAGGGCAACAAAAUCCGUUGUUUCAUCAUGGAGGACAGAGGGUAUCUUGUGGCCCAUCCAACACUGAUCGAUCCAAAGGGUCACGCUCCGGCGGAACAGCAGCAUAUUACCCAUAAGGAGCCCCUAGUGGCCAAUGACAUUCUCAACCAUCCCAACUUUGUGAAGAAAAACCUGUGUAACAGUUUCAGCGAUCGGACGGUGCAGCGCUUCUAUAAAUUCAACACCAGCAUUGUGGGUGAUCUGACAAACCUAGUGCAUGGCAGCCACUGCUCUAAGUACAGACUCACACGUAUCCCAGGAACCAAUGCGUUUGCUGGCAUCGUGAAUGAGACAUGUGAUUCGCUGGCCUUCUGUGCGUGCAGUACUGUGGAUCGCCUCUGUCUUAACUGCCACAGAAUGGAGCAGAAUGAAUGCGAGUGCCCAUGCGAAUGCCCCCUAGAGGUGAACGAGUGCACAGGAAACCUCACCAAUGCUGAGAACAGAAACCCGAGCUGUGACGUGCACCAGGAGCCUUUGUCUUACAGUGUCAUCGAGCCCAGUCUACAGGACACUCUUCCUCAGUGUAUCAACACCAGAUGCAGCCAGCGCUUCACCAGCAGUGACUGUUUUGGGGUUCUGGAUUGUGAGUGGUGUAUGGUGGAAAGCGACGGAAAGACCCACCUGGAUAAACCCUACUGUGCCCUGCAGAAAGAGUGUUUUGGAGGGAUAGUGGGUGCCAAAAGUCCUUAUAUGGAUGGACUUGGACUUAUAGAUGAGGAGGUGGCACCUCUCAACAUGAUCAAGAGUGCACCAGUGGGACCGGUGGCAGGAGGGAUUAUGGGAUGCAUCAUGGUGCUGGUGUUGGCUGUGUAUGCCUACAGGCACCAGAUCCACCGUCGCAGCCAUCAGCACAUGUCCCCUCUGGCUGCACAAGAGAUGUCCGUGCGGAUGUCAAACUUGGACAACGAGCGAGAUGACAGAGAUGAAGACAGUCAUGAUGACAGAGGAAUAAUUAGCAACACUCGAUUCAUUGCCGCUGUUAUUGAAAGGCACACGCACAGUCCGGAACGCAGGCGGAGAUACUGGGGCCGGUCAGGGACAGAAAGUGACCACGGUUACAGCACCAUGAGCCCUCAAGAGGACAGCGAGAACCCGCCGUGCAACAACGAUCCUCUGUCAGCGGGUGUUGACGUGGGCAAUCACGAUGAGGACCUUGACCUGGAUACACCUCCCCAGACAGCUGCUCUUCUCAGCCACAAGUUCUACCCGUAUCGGCACCCCCACACACACCACCCCCUUCACUUGCACACGCACCAUCUCCAGGCGGCCGUAACCGUGCACAGCGUAGAUGCCGAGUGCUGAUCCCGCCCACCUGUGACUCCCGAACCACCAACCUUGAUGCCACUGAUCUCCAACCCUGCCUCUAUAUCCAUCACCACAGCUCCAGCCCUCUGGUCCCUGCAUCCUCCAAAGAGAGGAGAGAACCAGAACUCCCUCUCUCAUGGGAACUUGGUGAUGGGUAGUUGAUAGUGGGCAAUUCGGUAUGUGACUAUGGGGCAAACAGUUGGCCUCUUUAGAGACAUUUAGGGAGUGGAGUUAGCAGGUGCAUACAAAGCUCCUUAAGAUUUCUUUUUCCAAGAAAACAAUGAAGAUUAAAGGAAUAUUUUUCUACUAUUUAUUUAACUGGAGAUAAAUGAAUGGGAAAAAAAUGAUAUUGACUGACUGAAUAUCAUGGCCCGCUGAGUCCUUUUUUAGGAUGCGGCCCCAGUUUUUCCCUUUACUAGACUGCGUAGCAGACGUGAAGGAUUCGAUUCAUGGCACAUUCGUGUUAUACACGUGCCAUGAGCUUUUCCUGUGGGUAAACAAAGAAUUUCAAGGCACAAAAGACAUGAAUGCCUGUGCUGCACAUCAGAGAGAGUCCGACCAUCUGCGACUGGAGUCUUGGAAAUGUGCUGUUUUCAGAGGAACUGUCACUCUCCGAUUUGCUAGUUCCGUUUGUGUGUAUCAUUUGUGACGGUGUGAGAAGGUUUAUCUUCAGACAGUGCAACAUGACCAAGGUUGUCUGGGCCACAUGGGUUUAGUCUCCAAACCCAAUGACAGUUAUUUGAAAUAUUUUAAAGAUGACUGGGAGAGAGACUAUGCUGUCUCACCACUGUGUGUAUAAGCUCUCAUUGUUUUUUUGUCUGCUCCGAUUAUUUUGCAUUCGUUGUGAGAAAGAAUGCGUGUUCUUGUUUACGUGAUCGUGUGUACGGAUGCGUGAUGGUACAGACGGAUUAAAUCCAUUAAUGUUAUUUUUUUAAGUCAUUAGUCAGUAUUGAUGGAAUGCCGUGAUAUUUUUCAAAUCCUUCUAAACCCAUUUACAGUUUCAUUCAGCUGCCUGUCUGCCGAGUGUAGACGAUGUGCUUUCAUGAUUUUAGAGGGACUGUGACUAUUGUUUUCAGAAUGAAAUGAUAUACCGUGUAUAUACAUCUAAAGUUUAACAAAGUAGCUAUAAAUGUGUCACACACUACAAACCUUU